AUGAGUACGACAUCAGCCAAUUUUUCUGGCACAAAUGAUGGGUCUCAGGUUGUAUACAAUUAUGGAACGGUACAUACCUCUUCUGGGCGACCAGAAGCAGCACAGCAGGACAUAGACAAAGAUGUGCAAAGAUCGCUGGCAUUCCCAGAGAUGUUCGAUCGGAAAGACAAUCUCGAUCCACGUCACGGCAAUACCUGCCAGUGGAUUCUAGAGUUGGAAGAAUACCGUUCUUGGAGAAGUCGGCCAUGUGGUCUACUUUGGAUCAAGGGAAAGCCGGGUGCGGGCAAAUCGACCUUAAUGGCGUUCUUACACAACACACUCGAAAGGCCAGACCCAAAUCCCGAGACUCGACUCGAGUUUUUCUUCAGUGCGCGAGGCACAGAGCUGCAGCAUACAUCCCUCGGAAUGUUCAGAUCCUUGUUGAACCAGAUUUUCGAUGGCGACGAGACCGUGCGCCCUCUCGUGCGCGAAUUCUAUAACCAGCGAUGUCGGCUUUUUGGCGGUCAACGCACAUGGGAAUGGCCUCUGAACAAAUUGGAAGAGUUGUUGGCAGAUACAAUCCUGGCAUCAGCUAAGCGAAAGCCUAUCAUCGUCUUUGUGGAUGCACUCGACGAAGCUGGCGCUACAUCCGCCCGACAGCUAGCACAGUAUUUUCAUCAGCUUGUGGAUCGCGCUGAGGAAGCGAAUCUGCCCCUUCAAGUUUACAUCUCCUGUCGCCACCAUCCAAUCGUGGAAACUGCUCAGGCGACAGAGCUAUGCGUUGAAAAUCACAACCACGAAGACAUCGCCACAUAUGUCAGGGAUACCCUUGCCGAGGCGAAUGUUGAAGAAUACGUCCAUCAACGGGAAAUGGACAAAUUGGUCCAGCACUUGAUCAGAAAAGCCAAUAGGGUUUUCCAAUGGGUCCAUAUCAUGGUCCCUCGGGUCAUUGAUGAUAUUUUCGAAGGGCAAACACUUGACGAAAUUCCUUCGUGGUUGAGUGAAGUCCCAACCGAGCUAAAGGAUCUUUAUACGUACAUCCUGAAUCACAAGAUCCUGCCAAAGAACCGGGAGCAGUCAAUUCUCUUUUUCAAAUGGGUAUGCUUUGCCGAGAGGCCUCUGACUGUGGUGGAAAUGCGUUAUGCCUUGGCCGCUCCAAAUGUCCAAUUCAUUCCUUUUCAACAUGCAUGGGAGAAACUUCCCGGUUUUGUGGAUGAUGAUGAUCGAAUGGUGACGAAAGUCAAGGCUCUUUCCGGUGGACUAGCCGAAAUAGUCUCAGGUUCAACCGAGGAACCCGACAAGACUAUUCAGGUAGUCCACGAGUCAGUCAAUGACUUCUUUCAUGAAAGAGGAUUAGCGCUUUUAUAUCCUGAUUCCAGCAAUAGUUUAUCAUCCAGCAAGGAGACGCUCAUAUCACAAUGCCAAGCAACUCUCUAUCGAUCAUGCCUGCUUUAUCUUGCUGCAGUUCUUUUACCUCGAAAGACACGCGGUAGAAACAGUACCCCCCAAGGGAAGGGUCUCCGGAAUGAUCCUUUCCUUCAUUACACCUCUAUGAAUAUUUUCAUUCACGCAGAAAAAGCCGGCCAGUCUCGAGUUGGCGCGCUGCAAAACGAACUCGAUAUUCUGCACCAAGUCAUCCCGCGAUGGGUCGAAGCUUGGCCUCUUCUCCGCACGCAUUCCCUAGAGCUCCGAGAGCUCCAACCAGAAACGGGGACAACAGUCCUACAUCUAGUUGCCUAUGCUAAUAUGCUUGAUAUCCUCGAAAUUGAAGCAUCAAGCGGUGCGGAUGUCAUGGCGAAAAAUUUCAAUGGGGAUACACCAUUUCACUUCGCAGCGCGGAGAGGCCAUACAGCAGCCGCCAAGAUACUCUGGAGACAGGGAGAUGAAGAAACAGAAAACAAGAUAGGACUGACGCCCUUAGGCGCGGCCGCUGGUUGUGGACAUCUUGAAUUUGUUGAGUGGCUUCUGGACAAGGGCUUAGGUCUCCAAGCAAAAAGUGGAUGUGGGCUGCAAGAAGCCUCAUUUCAAGGCCACCAGGCUGUUGUGGAAACUUUGAUCGGAGCCGGGGCAGAUGUCAACGCCCAGGGUGGUUACUAUGGGAGCGCCCUACAGGCUGCUGCCACUGAGAGCACUGAGAUAGUUCAGAUACUUCUCGAUCACCAUGCCGAUGUCAACGCCCAGGGCGGUCACUUUGGGAGCGCCCUACAGGCUGCUGCAUCCUAUGGCAAAACCGAGAUUGUCCAGAUACUUCUCGAUCACCAUGCCGAUGUCAACGCCCAGGGUGGUCAAGAUGGGAGCGCUCUACAGGCUGCUGCCACUGAGAGCACUGAGAUAGUUCAGAUACUUCUCGAUCAUCAUGCCGAUGUGAACACCCAGGGUGGUUGCUAUGGGAGCGCCCUACAGGCUGCUGCAUCCUAUGGUAAAACUGAGAUAGUCCAGAUACUUCUCGAUCACCAUGCCGAUGUCAAUCUCCAGGGUGGUCACUAUGGGAGCGCUCUACAGGCUGCUGUUGCUGCUGAGAGCGCUGAGAUAACCCAGAUCCUCCUUGAUCACCAUAUUGAUGUUAACGCCCAGGGUGGUUGCUAUGGGAGCGCCCUACAGGCUGCUGCAUACUUUGGCACAACUGAAAUUGUCCAAAUAAUUCUCGAUCAUCACGCCGAUGUCAAUCUCCAGGGUGGUCACUAUGGGAGCGCCCUACAGGCUACUGCAUUUACUGGUCACAUCGCGAUUGUGCAGAUACUUCUCGAUCAUCAUGCCGAUGUCAACGCCCAGGGUGGUCACUAUGGGAGCGCCUUACAGGCUGCUGUAUACCGUGGCAAAACGGAGAUUGUUCAGAUACUUCUCAAUCAUCAUGCCGAUGUCAACGUCCAGAAUGGUGAAGUUGGAUCACCCCUGCUGGCGGCCUUCAUUAAAGGCGAAGCUAAUCUAGUCGACAUACUCCUUCAUGCUGGUGCCGAUUGCCUGCUUUUGAAUGAACUUAACUGCACCUUUCUUCAUUUAGCGGCUUCAAAGAAUAUGGCUCAUAUCCUUGGGCGAUUUCCACAACUUGCUUCUGUUCUCAACCAUCGUGACAAGAUCUUACGAACUCCGCUCCAAGUGGCAAUACUUUCGGGCUAUUUUGAGUCUGCUGUGACACUCCUCAGUCGCGAUGCAGACCCUUCCCUUACAGAUGGUUAUGGCAGAAACGCCUUGGACUGGGCACAAGGACACCAAAUUCUGACGAAAGAAAUUUAUCACCACUGCCCUAGCCUCACAUUAACGUAUCCCGAGAUUCAAGAAAUGUGUGUGCGUCAAUCACUCUAUCGUAUUUCUGAUAUGCUUUCUUGCUCUAAGCUGACACAUCCAUGGCCUGUUUUGCAUCAAGCAGGUCGUUAUUUCUUGUUUCUCAAAGACGUGAGCAGUGCAAACCAUUUGCUCCAGCUCUUCCUUGAGAUGUACAUAACACGCAGCUGCACUAGUUGCAGUAGCUGCGCUCGAAAUAUAGACAUUCUCAUUGUGUGCAAAAUCUGCCCCCAUUCACUUUUUUGUUCGUGCGCACGUCAUACCCCCGAGCAUACCGGGCUCUUGCCAGAUGAAAAACAUGAGCUCCUUGAAAUCACCGAUGUGCCCAACGAAGACUUUCCACCUUUUGAUCCAAAAUCGGAGUCACUGGAACUUUACUUGAGCAAUUUCAUCCGCAAACGACUUGGACCAAAUGUCGAUGUCAAUGAGACAGAGCCGUCAAAUGACUCUAUGGCUCAUUCAGCAUCAGACAAGGCAGAUUCUGUUCCGAACCACAUCUUCAGUCAAUCGAAGAUCAUCUUUGCAGUUUUUUUCGGACUUUUGGCUAUUUUGUUGGGAGUUUUGCUCUUUUAG